GACGUCACGUGGCGGCGACCAGGAAGCAGGGAUGUGUUUACCUAUGUGUCAUCUAAACACUGCGACACGGAGCAUCCUGACCAGACUGGACGCGUUUUAACAACAUGGAUCCAGUCUCUGCUCGCUCCUCCGUCUGAGCUUCAGCAUGGCGGUUUCCAGCUACACCUGCAUCCAGGACAGCGCCACAGAAAAGGACAGGCUUCUCUCCUCUGGAACCAGCUACGGGUCCCGGGAUCUUCUUGGAGAUGGGAGCUCCCGUCCUGGUCUGGUGGGCUCCGAGUUCCACCGGCAGCAGGAGGAAGAGGAGGAAGAAGCCCUGAGGAGGAAACUCAAGUACUUCUUUAUGAGCCCGUGUGACAAAUACCACGCAAAGGGACGCAAACCUUUCAAACUGGCGCUGCAGCUUUUAAAGAUCAUCAUCGUGACCGCGCAGCUGGUGUUGUUUGGACUCAGCAACCAGAUGGUGGUGACAUUCAAAGAGGAGAACACGGCGGCGUUCAAACACCUCUUCCUGAAGGGUUAUCGGGACAACGCUCCGCAGGCCGUCCACACACAGAUGGAGAUGUACAGCCACAUCCACUUCGCCGUGGACCAGUACUUGGCUCUGCCUCAGAUCUCGCUGGGUCGGUAUGCAUAUGUGUUGGGCACCGGCUACAAUGGAAGUGCGCUCUCCCUGUGCCAGAGGUUCUACAGGAAGGGAACCAUCGACCCCGUCAACGACACCUUCGACAUCGACCCUCACGUUCUCACCACUUGCAUUGGACUAAAUCCUUUGACAUACAGUUCUGCUCCAGGAAACAGUGACUACAAGAAUUUCACUCUUGAGUUCUACAAGCUCAUCAAUGUAACAAUUGACUUCCAGCUGAAGGCCAUCAACAUUCAGACCAUCAUCAACAAUGAAAUCCCCGACUGCUACACCUUUGCUAUCACCAUCGUCAUGGAUAACCGGGUGCACAGCGGCAAAGUCAAGAUCAGUCUGCUGAACGAGGCCUCCAUUAAAGAGUGCAAAGACCCCAACGUGUCGGGACGUGCGGAGAGCUACGCCCGGGAGUUCUUUGAUGUGCUGGUGGCGAUGGUGUGUCUGCUGUCGCUGCUGCUGUGUGGGCGCUCCAUCCUCAGAGGAAUCCUCCUGCAGCACGAGUACGUGCAGUUUUUCAAACACAAACUUGGCCGCAGUGUGAGCUGGGGAGACAGAAUGGAGUUCAUCAACGGCUGGUACAUCCUGCUCAUCAUCAGCGACUUGUUCACCAUCAUCGGCAGCUUCAUCAAAAUCGGGAUCGAGUCCAAGACUUUGUCUUCAUACGACGUGUGUGGGAUCCUGCUGGGAACCUCCACUCUGCUGGUGUGGGUGGGAGUCAUCCGUUACCUCAGCUUCUUCCAGAAAUAUAAUAUCUUAAUUGUGACCCUGAGAGCGGCCUUUCCGAACGUUAUCCGUUUCUGCCUCUGCGCCGCUGCCAUUUAUUUGGGGUAUUGCUUCUGUGGAUGGAUCGUGCUGGGGCCCUAUCACGCUAAGUUUCGCUCCUUGUCCAUGGUGUCCGAGUGCCUGUUUUCUCUCAUCAACGGAGACGACAUGUUCCUAACGUUCACUGAGAUGGAGCAAAGCGGCAAGCUGGUGUGGGUCUUCAGUCAGAUUUACCUUUACUCCUUCAUCUCCCUCUUUAUCUACAUGGUGCUGUCCCUCUUCAUCGCGCUCAUCACCGGAGCCUACGACACCAUUAUGGCCCAAACACAGGAGCAGGUUCGCAUCACAGACCUCCACGCUUUCAUCGCAGAGUGCAUGGACACACCCUGCUCUGGAAAGUUCCGCGGGCCUGAAGGGUCGUCAUGCUCCAUCCUCUGCUGCUGCGACUGGUGAGGAGGAGGACCGAGGGGAGGCACAAAGGGAGGAAGAGACACGUCAGUUCAAGGGCAAGAGAUUCUUGAUUUUUCUCCACCCUCUCUUUAAAGCACCAUAUUUCCACUCCAGUGAAAGCCGACUGCUUUUGCGCUCCUUUUUUUUUUUUUUCCAGACGGGCACCCAGCAGGGACGAUAAAUGCCUCUAGUGAACCGGCUGACCUUGGACCAAUUUGUCCUCUUGUUUUGCAUUUAAAUUUGCACCAGAAUGGUAGAUUGCACUGUACGCUCACGAGCCCAAUUACCUGCUUGGGCUUUUGUAGUGUAUGAAUAAUUUAUUGUCUCUUUCUGAAACGUCUUUGAUGACUAGACAUGGUGCCAGUAAACGCAUCCAUCGCUGUAGACUGGACACAGGGUACACCAAGAAAAAUGAAAAUUUCCGCUUGAAUAGUCCGCUAUGUACAGGAUUUUAUUGUUAUUUUACCGUCCACUUGACUGCCUAGGUAACAGCAUUUGUAUGUGUCUUGAUUAUGUAAAUAUAUGUAUGUGUUGUGGAUCUUUAUAGCAAAGGUAGAAGACGCACAACAGGCAGAAAAAAACGGAGCCAUUAGGUGCUGUACGAAUGCAUUAGCUUCUGUAACGUUUUCAGCCAAGGCCGCUCCUCCACUCCAGUUUAAUUUGCCCACUCUUCAUAUCCUUUAUUCUCUUGUGGCUUGAAGAUGAUGGCUGCACGAUGAAGGACGAGCCCUGCAGCCAGUUAGCCAUCAAUAUGGAUGAACUUUUUCUGCUCUGAGGAGCCAGGUGACUGUGUGGUAAUGCAUUAUGUGUUACAGAGCGUUUUACUCAUAUUCCUCAAAAAAAUCAAGAUUCAAACAUUGUCAAGUGAUGUUUAAAGGAAGGUUUGUUGUACUUGAACAGCUUAUGCAAAGUGCAGUAAUAAGUUAAGUUUAGUUUAGGCUGUUUUAUGCUGAUUAUUAAUCAUUACAACCUUUACAUAAAGCCUAAGAACAAAUUGUAAUAUUGUACGCACAUUUACAAACAAAAACAUUCUCAAUUCCUUUUCUGCUCUCCUAUUCAGUUAAUCUAUUAGCUUGUAUUAUAUAUCAAAAUUUAUUUUAAUAUGUAAUUUAAAUGUACCUCAACCAAAUUAAAUCAAAUUAAUUCGACUAAAAGCUUCAAAGACUCCAUUUACAGCUACUAUGCUAAGCUAGGCUAGUUUGUUAUCUGCAGGGCUAGUUUUUUCUCCAUUAUGAUUUGACAUAUAGUCUGUUCCAGGUGGUGGAACAAACUUAGUCUCAAAAGUGAAGGAAUAAUAAAAGGGAAUUUUUAGUUCCAUUAAACAGGAAAAGCUAAAUUAGCUUCAGCUGUGGCUAUUCACCAGCUAGUGCUAAGAACACUUUGCCUUCGUGUACUUGAUUUCUGGACACAUCUACCAACAAAAUCAUUCUUGCUUUUCCCAUUUAGCUUGUUUACAAAGUAUGAUUAGAAUGCCGACCGUUCACACUGUAGUAUACUACUCCGUUUCCCAUAAUGCAUUUCAAACCUCCGACGACAAAAACCGGAAGUACGGCUAUCAAAUAUCUCGGCUCAAUGCCGGCUUCAGGUCGAUUUUAUGCUAACAAACAGUCGCAUAAUUAAUGUGGCAAUUUCAAGCCGGCACUCCUCACGCAGUUAUUAGCCAGAUUAUGCGAAUCGUUUGAGUUGUAGCUGCAGGCUACUCGAGGUAGCUGCGACUUGUUCUGUAUGCAAAGCGAGCUGCUGCAACUAGCUGCUAGCAUUCAGUAGCACGUUGUGAGGCGUCUGACAAAUUUAAAACGUUGGUCAGAAAACGCCUAUUUCUCAAAUCUGUGGAGUGAUUAGGAUGACUACUUAACCACAUAAAAUAAAAUAAAAAUCGCCGCGGUCCGGCCACAUAUCCCGCGGAGGCUUGCAUUUCGGUGGAUAGCUCGCAAAGCAUUAUGGGGCGGUUGAGUAUGACUAGUGUGGUCACCGCGCAUACUUAAAAUUUUUCCGGAUAUAGUAUACAUCCGGGUAUUUCUCGCGCACUCAAUCUAUUCAUACUAUCCAAUGUGAACGCACUACAUACUUAUUUUGACGUCACAUUUAGUAUGAGUAGUACGUUAGUAUGCGAUUUCGGACACAGCCAGUGUCUAUCUCGCCAAUUAGCCUAACUAGCAUUCGUCACAGUUUGGGUUUUGAAUGCUGUUUGUGAAUUGUUUGCAUUGUUUUUCCUUCCCAAAAUUACAUGUUUCUUAGGGAUACUUAUGGUAAAGGAAUACACCCAAAAGUCCCGUUUCUGUCAAUAACUACAGGAAAAAAACUACGUUAUUUUAUGCCUUUUUGUGCUAGUUUUUAGUCUGAGCUCCUACAUAAAACUGAAGAAAACAUUCCCUUAUUGCCCAUAUUUAUGGACAAAAAACAUCUACAAACAAAAUGCAUUCUUAAUUCUAGCAAUUAGCUAGUUUAAUAAAUCAAAGUUGCAUUUAAAUGUGUAUUUUAAAGGAAACUGAAGCAAAUGAAGCCACACCAGAGGUUUCAGAGACUGCAUUUACUGCUACUGUGCUAAGCUAGGUUAGUUUCCUCUUUGCAGGACUACAUUAUAGCAUUUUCAAUCAACAUUUAGCUAGUGUCUUAUUUAGGUGAAUCACUUUGACUGACUUUUGAGCAAAUAUGUGGUUACUGCAUUUUGGUUUUGCGGGGUCGUAUGUGCUGUAGGCAGCUUUGAAAGUGUUCUGUCUUUUAUAUAAUGUGUCAAAUUUGGACACUGACAUUGAAGCCACGUGCGAAAAGGUCAUUAAUUUUAUCAGUGAAUGAGCUAGGACAUCUCCACAAACCAGCACUCUCUUUUUCCUUUCAAAAGAAAUAUUGCUCUUAUUAUCGGAGCUUACUGAAGUGGUAAUGUCGUUCCAGCGUACUGCACACGGUCAAAUGAAGGGCACUGAGGUUUUCACUGAACAAAAAUGAAAAGGGACAAAAUGGAUUCAAGAUGCUGCAAAGAUAUUUGCACUUUUUUUUUUUAUUUCCUCACUGACAUGUUUAAUUAACUGAUGUUGUUUACAACUACCGAGGUAGAAAAUAUUCUGUCUUUUAAUUAUUUUGUUUAUUUCCACUUAAUGACGACGGAUGUACAGCUUAAUUUGAUUUGAAUGUGUCACAUGGGAGACGUAUAGAAGAAUAGAGCAAACGUAGUGCAUCUCUUAGUGGCCUCCUGACACUUUGGGGCAGGUAUUUUAAUGCUGUUUUAAUUAAAUGGUGUCAGUUACUGCUCAUUGUAUGUGUUUACUAACAUUUUGAAUGCUGUCUUAAUUAUUUUCACCUCAUUAUGAGAUGUUAAGCAUGUAAUAACGAAAAGGGAGUUACUUGGUUUCUGUAUAUGAGGGAUUUGUACAGGUUUUUACCUUGUUUUCUGUGAAGAUGCUGCCUUCUGAAAGUACACGUCUACAAAAUAAACAGUCAAAACACUUAA